GCGUAUAACGAGGUUCCCCCGUCCGCCCCUAAUCUCAGAUUUUCGUGUCAACGGAGGAGAUUCGCUAGCGCGGAUAAAAAACCUUGACAUGUCGAAGAAAGGCAAGAGCUCUCUCGGGAGAGCUCUCAUCCGGGACAGAAUGCAUAAGGGUGCUCGUCCGGAUAGUUUCCGGCAUACGACCGAGCUCAAAGAUGGAUAUGACUGGUCAACGAAUAUGCAGUCGAUAACCGAACAGAACGAUCUGGACGAGUUCCUCGCGACGGCAGAGCUCGCUGGAGCAGACUUCACCGCCGAAAAACUGAACAUAAGAGUUGUCACAGAACUGAAACCCACCGGGGUUCUAUCCGAAGCGGAAAAGAAGGCGCAGAAUGACUUGUAUCAGCAACACAAGGACUCCAUCAGAGUUCCGCGCAGACCGUACUGGGACGCUCGGACCACCCCCGAAGAACUCGCUGCAAACGAACGUGAAUCUUUUCUAGCCUGGCGAAGGGAGCUCGCUGAGUUGCAAGAGACUGAAGGAAUUCACAUGACGCCCUAUGAGAAAAAUCUGGAGUUUUGGAGACAGCUGUGGCGGGUGGUGGAACGAUCCGACAUCGUGGUGCAGAUCGUGGACGCCAGGAACCCAAACCUAUUCCUGUGUGAAGAUCUAUUCGCUUACGUGCGCGAAACUUCGCCGCACAAGAAGUGCUUAGUUUUGUUGAACAAAGCAGACUUCCUAACCGAAAGCCAAAGGAAGUCGUGGUCGGAUUACUUCAAAAAUAGAAAGGAUGAGCUCAAAGUAGUUUUCUUCUCGGCCUUAGAGGAAGCGGCCGCGAAGGACGAUGUGGAAGAGGUCAGUGAAUCUUAUCGGGACGAUGGUCUCAUAUCCGGUGAUUUCAUCCGACUGUCCGUCGAAGAAUACUCUUCUGCCUUGUGGACGAAGGAUCAAUUGGUGCAUCUUUUCCGUACGUGGCAUACGGGGACGAAGUACAAGGCGGGCAGCACUACGGUUGGGCUGUGCGGCUAUCCGAAUGUGGGCAAGAGCUCCACGAUCAAUGCGAUCACGCAGUGCAAAAAGGUGUCCGUCAGCAGUACACCCGGAAAAACGAAACACUUCCAAACAAUCAUUCUCUGCGAAGAUUUGAUACUGUGCGAUUGUCCGGGAUUAGUGUUCCCCAACUUUGUGUCCAGCAAAGCUGAGAUGGUUAUAAAUGGUAUACUCUCAAUCGAUCAAUUGAGGGACCAUGUGCCCCCUGUCAGCCUCGUCCUGUCGCAAAUCCCUCGCCACAUCCUCGAGGAAACAUACGGUAUCUGUAUACCUCAUCCGCCAGAAGGGGAAGAUCCCGAUCGACCUCCAACGAGUGCGGAGCUGCUCAACGCCUACUCGUACAAUCGCGGUUUCAUGACGUCAUCAGGGCAGCCCGACAACCCGCGUGGUGCAAGAUAUAUUCUGAAAGAUUAUGUCAACGGAAAACUGAAGUAUUGCAUCGCUCCACCGGGAAUCGAUCAGGAUGAAUAUCACAAAUAUCCUCCCCCGAAGCGGUCGACCCCAUCAGCGACAAUCCCUGUGCACGUAAGGAUGACGAAAGAAAGAGUUCUCGGUACCGAGGAUAUCGAUCAUGAAUUCUUCAAGGAUCAGAUCGUCAAAGUUGGUUUCAAAGGUCGUCAUCUCGUGAAGUCUGGACUCACGGCCAGUGGUGCAUCUAUAGUCGGAGACAAGAAGCACCAUAAAGGGAAGAAGCGAGAGAAACUGAGACGAUUGCAUCAACACAAAGACGCCUAGAGCAUUGAAUAAAGUGCCGUUGUUCCUU